AUGGUUUCAAUUGAGGAAGACUUCGAAGAAGGCCAAUGGCCGUUUGGUGGUGAUGGCGAUUUCGACGAGGUGCCUGUUCCAGUUGACAGCUUGCCCUCCGCGCCCGGUUUGUUUAGCGAUGACGUGGGGCGAUAUCGCUUCCGCUCGUUCCGGAACAAGCUGAAAGACUGA